GUGACUUUGGUGGUUGGGAGCAGCGCGCAUGAUAAUAACAGAGUAGGCCGAUCCUUUUCUAUGUUAGGAAUAUUUAUUUUUAAGGAGUUUGUAAGUAUGAAUUACAGGAAUGGAGCGAUGGACUGGCGGUGGACAGUUUUCACACUGUUUUUGAACUUUCAGUUCACUUACGGGUCUCCCUCCUCUUAUGACUUGUUCCAAGGGUCCGCAUACACUGGCGUGGUACAAAGACACAGAAACAGGAACUGGUGUGCCUAUGUGGUGCGCAAGAACGUGAGCUGUGCCGUGCAGGGAAGUGUGGAGAGUUUCCAGGAGCCCGUAGUGGCCCCCUGCCCAGCCUACCAGCCCGACUGCCAGCAGCAAGUGACAUACCAAAAUCGGUUUCGACCCACAUACAAGAUUGCCUUCAAGACAGUCACAGAGUUAGAGUGGAGAUGCUGUCCCGGUUACCAGGGUCCAGACUGCAAAGAUUUAAAACCAGCCCCAGACCGACAAACAGUUCAGGGAAUACAGCCUUACCUCCCAUCAAAUCCUGGACAUACAACAAGACACACACAGAGGCCAGAGAGGAGGGAGACAGGGCAUCAUGAGAUGAGGCAUGGUGGGACAGAUAAGGUCCAUCUUCUAGAAGGUCAAGUUCAGCGCCUGUCUAAGACAGUCCUGGAUCUUCAGUCUGCUUUGACAGGGUUAACCGCCAACCUUCGCACAGAGCUGCAGGAAGACUCAAAGCAGAUGCUGGUGACACUUCUCAACAACAUGCGUCCGCCAGACAGUGCUACUGCUGCAGGCACAGAGGAGAGCCCAGCAGUGCUGGAUGGUCAUCAGGCAACUAGAGGUGGGAUUGCUGGAGACAAGGCUAUAGAUAAAAUAGUGGCCCGGUUGGAUGAUAUCAACAAUGCACUGAAAAGCAAGGACGAAGCUUUGGAAGACCUAAGAGGAGCUAUGACAAGUCAUGAAGGGCAGAUCCGUGUCUUGAUGGAUGCUUCUCAAUCUCAGACUCCAGCCAUAGCAGAGUUUGAUGUUAUACAGACCUACAUUGAUGGGAAAUUUGAGAAGCUGAAGAAGGAGCUAGACCAGAAUGUGGAGGAACAGAUGGCCAAGCUACAAACCUCAUGCAAUGACAAGAUCCAGAGCUUGCAGAAGACCUGUGAAGACAGCCGUGACCAACGUUUGGUCAGCCUGACUGAGCUGGUGGAUACCAAGGAUGCUGAUCUGAGAAAGGAGAUCCGGGCACUACGUCUGGACAUGGCCGCCGCAGAUGGACCUAUACGAACUCAAAGGCAGACAGAUGUAUCCAAAGGGGAAGAGGAUCAUAGUGACCACAAAGACCUGUGGCGUGAGAUUGACCGUAUUGCAGAGGCUCAUCGCAUCCUGAAUGUCCGAAUUGACAAUGAGCUGGCGCACCUUUCUGGACCAAAGGAUGACAAUGAGUUUGGCCUACUGAUUGAAGAGCUGGAGUCACGCAUUAAUAUCACGGAACAAAAUGCAGAAACUCACUGUUUCUAUAUUGAAGAGAAGCUGACUCGUACAAUUGCUGAAGAAGUGGCAGCACUUCGGCAACUUCUGGAUGAGCGUCUGAACAGCAUGGAGGACCAGCUUACGAACAUGCUGGUGGAAAUGAGCAACAACUCCUUCCCUGGGAUGUUUGGUGACUCCAUGGAUGGUAUCCAGGCAGAAGUCAACAACAAUAAGUUCCUCCUCCAAGGCUUGGAUGAAAAGGUCAGUGCUGUUGGAGAGAUGUGCUCUGCAAGAUGUUCAGGCUCAGAAAAUGUUGUAGGUGCACCACACACACCUAACAGUCUAGAAAAUAUUUUGAAGGACCUAAGUCGGUAUAGGAAUGACUUGGAUGUUCUUCACACAGAUGUCAAUGCCAACACAGACAAACUCAGGCAACUGCAAGACCUUGUUGAAAGGCAGUCAGUUGCAAAUGAGAGACGUACCAAGACGAUGGAGGACUUCCAGAAGGGGUUGAUUAAUGUCCAAAACAAUCUGGCUAAUUCUGUUACUGAGUUAAGUGACUCCUUAAGCAAAUACAACCAGGAUAUGUACAGAAUAAACUCGACAUGCUGCCAUGCAGAGCAGAGUGGCACUGGCAGUCCACCACAGGUCAACUUGGCAUCAGUCAUUGAAGUACCCAGUAGUCAGGCGGACGACACAAGGCGUCAGGUGGAGGAGCUGAAGAACAGGCUUGAUACGCUCAGUAAACACGUGUCAUCUGAACUGAGUCAAUGUAAACAGAACACACAGGGUGUUUCUGAUGGCAUGUCUGCUGUGGAUGGACGCGUGACCAGACUUGAAAAGGUGUGUGGAAGGUUAGAUGGGGUUUCCGUCAAUAUCAAAGAGCUGAAAGAUGGACUGGAGAGACAUGUUGGUGGUCUGCGGGACUGUGUAUACAGGAUGAACGCCACCUGUGUAAAUCACGGAGCCGACAUCAUCGUACUGAAGAAUUCCUUUCAGAAGUUCCAGGGACAGCUGUCUGCGAUGGCCAAACAUGUUUUGAAGGACAUCACUGCCAAAGAGCCAGGAAUGACCUUAAGACCAGAGAAGCCUUCUUCUUCGCCAGAUUCGACUCCAAACAGAUCCAGAAUCCAACAAAUCCACAUCCCUCUCAUCAUCCCACCGCAGCCAUACAAUCCCAGCCAACCAAUGAAGCCCAACAUACACACGAUCAAGAUCAGUCCGCCAAGCCAGCCGUCUAUGCCCCAGCAACCAGGCCUGCACACUCUCCCACUAGUUCCCGUAAGGCCUGUGGUGGAGACGGGCGAGGCAGGACCUCCAGGGUACAUCCGCAGAGUGACUGUGCGGAGAGGGUCUGAGGACUCUUCUAGCAUGCCUGUCAAAGGAUUUGCUGGAGCACCAGGUUAUCCUCCUCUGCAGCCUGCGUCUUUCAAGCCUCAAUCAGCCAGCCGCCAAGUUCCUUUGGCAGCAAAGGUGCCGUGGAACCUGAUGUAUCAAACUCCAGUUGAAUCACCAGUGUCAGUCGUCAACAGCGCCUUUGCUGAUCCCUUCUCCUUCUCUGCUGGCCUCACGCAGCCGCCCCUCUCUGCAGACUCUGGCACCAUCCGCUUCAACAGAGUUCUUGUCAAUGACGGUGGACACUACAAUCCCCACACAGGGAUCUUCACUGUACCUCUGGAUGGCCGAUACCUCAUUUCAGGGCUGCUGACUGCAAAGCAGGGUGACCGGGUACAAGCUGUGCUGUCCGUGUCUAACCGCAGUGUCCAGAGGCUGCAGAGCUCAGCGGGGCCUGUGGCCGGUCAACAUGGGGGCCCAGCUGGGGGUAACUGCUGCUCUGGAGGCUCAGUAUCCUUCAGUCUAAUCCUGCCGCUGAGGAAAGGAGACCGCGUGGGCCUGGUGAGGACCGGAGGCCAGCUGGCCACCACAGAGGCCAGGGAGAUCCUCUCCACCUACAGCGCUAUCUUUCUGUAUGCACCACAGGCCAAAAGAUAGCUGGAGCUCAGUUGGGCAGUAACAGCAAGGACUGGUUUGUUCCCAGAUAGUUGGACUGGAGGAAAUGUUGAAGAAAGUAUAGUUGUCACUGAUUUGCUGUGAUGCAACUGUUACCACGCAGCACCACUGUGUGAAGAUCCUCAGCUAUAAAUACAGUUAAAGAUUCAGAAAAUUGCAAUAUACCUGAAUACAAGAAGCAGGAUUUGUUUCUAAUAUAUUUUAUUAUCAAGCUGCCAUUUUGUAGCUAUUUUGAAUGUAUUGUGUAAAUAAGUGUUUAUAAAUUAACAUUAAAAUUCAUAAAUGUAAUUAUUUUAACAAAACCAUCUCAAAAACGCACUAUGGAGUAUGAGCAACAUCAGCAGAAUAUUGUUAGAUAAUAAACCACAAUGCAUCACCUUAUAGUACGAGCUUGCUUCAUCUUACUGUGUAAUCUACACUGUAGAAUGACAAAAUUAUUAAUAAACAUACAUGAAGAGAAGCAGGAGGUUUAGCAACACAACAAGCUUUUAUUAAUGUUGCAAACUUGGCUGGCUGCAGAAAGAUGAGGUUAGAAGGCAAAAAAAACCAUUUGGUUCAUUACAUACAGUGGGUGUGGAAGAAAAGCAAAUUUCCCCUCGCAUCACUCCUGAGACUUAAAAUAUUCCAACAGCAAACUGUAAGACGCAGGGAGUGUGCAUUUAGCCUUCAGUUCAGCCUGUUAACCCUCAAAAGAGAAAAAUACAGAUUUCUGUUCUAACAGUCCACUCACUGUUUUUCUAAUCUUGUGUUAUAAAAUAGAAGAAACUGAAAUGUGGAUUUAAGCUGCAAUAGCCUCAUUCAUGUAAACAACAGUUACCACUAGCGGUGGUUACUUUUGACUCAGACUGGAGACAAAAAAAAAAAAAAAAAAAAUGUGCAGCACACAAAUGUAUUCAGUUAGAAACUUUAUUUAAUAGAAAUAUGACCACAAGCCACACUUAGUUAGCUUCAUUAGGCCUGUAUUUUUUUUCUUCUUCAUACAAUGUACUUUGUUCUUUAAACAUACUUAAACCACAUCUGUAUACAAAUCAAACACAGCAUACACUUAAGGUAUUUCUGUUGGUCAGACACAAUCAAAUAGCAAGUAUUACCUCCAAACAGAAUGAAACAAACAGUCCCACAAAAGAGCACACACUUACAGGAAGAAAAUAAUAAAACAAAAGGGCAAAGACAGAACAAUGUGAUGAUCAGCUACUGGAUCAUUUUCCAUAGCAGUUGAGUGAGAACAAACAAUAUUAUAUACCAUGUUUCCCAGGACCACAGAGGAUGAAGUGUGAUUCUUCCACACAAGAUGCUUUACUUUCAUAGAAAGAAUGGAAUUAAUUUUGUUAUUCAUAACAUAUCUAUUUGACUUCACCAAACUUCGUAGAGAACAAGCAAAUAAAUGAAAGCAGAACACGCAUCUUAAUAAUCACAAAAACAUCUGGGCUACAGAGUGAAUGUGGAAACACGUCAGCAAAAUCAUGACAAUGAAAAAAAUCUAGAUGUAGCAUCAUCGUAAAAUUGUGCUUUUUUUCAUUAAAUGGUUUUUGACUGUCAA